GAUAAUGGCAGUGGCUCCUCGCAUCUGCUCCAUUACAGCCGUCAGGACCACGUUGCUAACCAAAUGGCCACGCCUGCAGCCUGCGUCUACUGUCGGCGAUCGGUAAGUCGUCAUAGCUGAUCCCCUCUUUGUUGUUUCUCUCCUCUCCUCGCAUCGUUUUCUCGCGGUCUCGUCCGUUUGGAUCUUGAUCGAUUUGCGCGAGAAGAAUUUUCCUGGAGACCGAUUUGCUGACGGGAUGGUACUUGUUCACGUGGCACAGCAUAUGACUUGCGACUCGGAGCGGCCUUGCACCCGAUGUAUAAAACGCAAUAUCGGCCACCUGUGUCAUGAUGAACCGAGGGAACAGUCGAAGCGGACCCGGAGUGACCAGGAACCUUCGAUAGCGGACGACGACGGCUCUUCGAACAAUGAAUUCUCGACCGUUAUGCAACCAAUGCCCCGAAGCGUCGAUAUUCAGGAUGCUGCUGGUCAGCAGAUUAGUCACGGGAUUCCACCUUCGUCGGCUGUGAACCCAGUGCAGCAUGGCAACAUUCCUGAUUCUUCAGGACAAGGGCUUGCAAACUCCCAGCAGCUUCUAGGGUACAAUGACUGGGUUCCAGGGCAGAGCCAAUUUCAAGACAUGCACACGUUCCAUCCUUCGUACAUGUUCAACGCACACGAAGUUACAAACGAAUACAAUCUACUUGGGGAUUUCCUGAGCAACAGUCUGUUGGAUGAUGGGGCCAUGUUCCAGAACGACGAUCUACAUGGAAUCUAUUCGGAUCCAACUUUGAUCAAUUCCAUGGCUACACUCGGUGGUGGCCCUAGCGCAACACUACUUCAACAGACCCAGCCUUCCCAGAUUGCUCCAAGCCAGCAAAAUCAGGGAGAACCCAUCCACCAGGGUCAGAGCUCGGCGGUGGGAAACGACAAAGCGAGGGAGACGUAUUACAUGACUGCAGCCGAUCCGUCCGGAUCUGACCCUCCCGAGGAGCGAAUGAACAAACUUCUCAAAGCCAAGUACGACGCAGGUCUUCUGAGACCAUUCAACUACGUGAAGGGCUAUGCGAGGCUGAAUCAGUAUAUGGAGAAGCACUUACAACAAUCCUCGCGCCAGAAGAUCCUCCGGCAGCUAGACAAAUUCCGGCCCAAGUUUCGAGAGAGGAUGCAGAGUCUCACUGAUAUCGAACUGAUCCUGGUGGAGAUGUGGUUUGAACGAAGUUUGAUGGAAUACGAUCGUGUCUUUGCCAGUAUGGCUAUCCCCGCCUGCUGUUGGAGACGAACGGGCGAAAUCUUCCGAGGAAACAAGGAAAUGGCAGAAUUAAUCGGCGUUCCAAUUGAGAACCUGAGAGACGGCAAGCUGGCUAUUCACGAAAUCAUCGUGGAGGAUCAGCUUGUCAGCUACUGGGAAAAGUUCGGAGCGAUUGCGUUCGACAAUACUCAGAAAGCUAUGCUCACUAGCUGCACUUUGAAAAACCCCGACUCUAACUCUCCUGGUGAUGGGAUUCCCUGUUGCUUCUCAUUCACAAUACGAAGAGAUAAUCACAACAUCCCGUCACUCAUUAUCGGAAACUUCUUGCCAUCUCGACGAAAGAGUAAAUGAUCUUAUGGACUUCUAAUUUGCUCUGUCGGCGCCACCAGGCUGCUGGACACUGCUUAUAUCUCUCUAAAAUGGAGUUUAGAAGAUAGUUUUCGUGAGCUUCUUGCAUAUGUCUCGACUGUUGUCGUUGAAAAUUGUGGAUAUAAAUUUCUCAAAUAACUUACACUAUUGGACGAAUGAUGUAUACUGAUAUAUCACCGCGACCUUUUGGA